AUGCUUCGUCAGCAGAUUAAUGGAGGCUUCGUGAUUCAACAAGAAGUCUCACAAGUCCCUGUUGUCAGUACAGACUUGAAGUUUGUAUGUGUACCUCCAACUUUGUCAAGUUCAUCUGAAAAUCCGGCACCUCAACAGCUCUUUUCUCCCGCACCUUCUUCACCUAUGACCUCGUUCGAUUAUCGUGACUCUGUAACACCGGAUGAAUUAGAUAUUCCUGAGUUCAAACAAUACAAUAAAGAAAAGUAUGAGAGUGCAAAGUCGGGCAAUCGUAGAAGGCGCAAACCAACACGUGAAGAAUGUGACACUGCUUCUUCAUUAGAUGGAUUUGUUUGA